AUGGUUUCUAUUGAGAAUAAAGAUGUGGAAAACUUGAUUGGCAUUGAUUGGGAUUAUUGUUACCAUCCUUCAAAUGGAUUCUCUGGAGGCAUUUUAGUGCUCUGGAGAAGGAAUAUUUCCAAAUUCAUUAAAAUAGAUUCUUCUAAUCAAUUCUUAAUUGGUGAUCUAGACAUAAUCAAUAAAGGUACUUGGAGGAUUGGAACAAUUUAUGGAAGUAAAGAUGUAUAUAACAGGAGAUCUCUUUGGAAUGGCUUGGAACCGUUUAUCACUAACGAAUUGCCAAAGUUGAUUGGAGGUGACUUUAAUUGUCUGUUAUCCAAAGAAGAUAAAAAGGGUGGAAGAAGGCUUACUUGGAGUAAUAACAAAAAAGGAGCAGAUCGAAUCAUGGAAAGGUUAGACAGGAUUUUGGUUAAUUCCAUUGCUGUUAACUACAAUCAGCAGUUAGUUGUGAAGCAUCUUUCCAGGGUUGCAUCAGACCAUUUCCCUUUGAUACUUAAAAUUUUUUAUCAAUCUUCUAAAGGUUUGAAUUCCGUAAAGUUUGAGGAUGUUUGGGCUUCUUACCCGACCUCUUAUGUUGUGGUUAAGGAUGCCUGGAAAAGGAAGGACAAGGGUUCAGCUGCUGGAAUUCUUAAUGCCAAACUAAAAAGAACUAUCAAAGCUUUAUUCUUUUGGAGUAAGGCUAAACUUCAAGACUUGGGUGUUCAAAAAAAUCUGCUCAAAGAGGAUAUUCUAAAGCUUCAAAUCAAGGAGGCUGAAGAUGGAGGGCUAUCUGAAGAAGAAUCUGUCCUGCUGAAAUACAAAAUUAAUGAGCUUAAUUCUACUCUAGCUCGGUUAAACACAUGGUGGAGGCAAAGAUCCAAAGUGAAAUGGAUUGGGGAAGGUGAUCAAAACUCUAAGUUUUUCUAUUCUAUGGCUAGUGCAAGGAAGAAUAACAAUUACAUUCAUAGUAUUAAAGAUAACAAUGGGAUCAUUGUGGAGGAAUAG